AUGCCUGUAAUCCCGACAACUCUGACGGCCAAGCUACCCUUCUUCACCCCGCAACACACAGACCUGGCGGGGAGGUCGCUGUUACCAGCCCCCACUCUGACGAGAAGACUGCCCAGCCCCAAGCGCUGUAGCGCCCCGGUGAUGUCGCCGAACACCCGGCGCCUGCGCGCCCUUGUGACGUCUCAGGGGACCGCCACUCACGCGGAGCCAAUCGGAACUCGCGGCGGGGCUGCUGGGUCUUCCAGGAGCGCGCAUGAGCGGACGCUGGCUACGGGUGGCCGGUCGGGAUGUAACCGGCUGCUGAGCUGGCAGUUCUGUGUCCCGAGGCUUCCGCCCGGCCGCAGCCGCACAUACGCUGCGAGGAGGAGCUUUACGACUUCCCGGUCUUCGGGGCCAGGCGCAGCAAGGGCCAGACUCUGCCCUAGCAGGCGCUGCGCGCCAACCGGCUGGCACCUGUCGCAGAAGGUGCAACCGAUCGCACUGUCGCGCGGAAGCUCCUCAAUGGCCAGCUCCAGCUGCAGCCCCAGCCGCCCACUCGCCUCUCCUGAGCCUGGGUCAACUGAAAAAGUGUUUGAUGACAACUUGCAGCAUAGAGACAGAGAAGACACACGGGCAUAUGCUUUGGACUGCAAAAUCCCUAAGGAUUGAGACUAUAUGAAGACUCUCCUACAGUUUUUGCCAACUCAGAGAAUUCAAAGUGGUUCAGCCAUCACACAGCACUUGGAGAAAAUUUCCAUUUCAUCAAAAGGAAACUUCCACGAUGAAAUAAAAAUUUUCAGUGGUGUUCAUAUUGAGAAAUACUGCCACACUGAUGUCAAAUAUGUUAAUGUUUUCAAGUAGUCAUAAUGCAGUUAUAAUUAGCAAGAAUGAAUACAUUCAGCUCUGGAGUCGGGCAAACCCAGAAUGGCAUUCAACCUCUGCCACACCCCUACUGUCAUUUUGAGCAAAUUUAACUCUGAGCUCAGCUUCAUUUCAUGUAAAAUAGACACAGAAUGGCUUUCAGUCACAAUAAUUGUUUGGAAAGAUAAAGACAAUAAUGCCUAUGAAGUACUUAGAAUAAUGUCUGAUAUAAAGUAAGUGGUCAAUAGCUUUAUGUGUAUUGCAGUUGUCAUAAUCAUCUUAAUUGUAGUCAUCAUCAUCUCCAUUCUCAUCAUCACACUGCUGGGUAAGUCUCCAGCCGUUGGCUCACAACUUGCACUAAUGCAAUGAGAUAUUGCUAAAACUGUAUAAUGACAUACUGAAAAACUCUACCAAUACUCUCUAAUUUACAGAUUGCUUCAGUGAGUUGUGUACAUGUAGUUAUAAGAAAUGGAUAAUGUAGCCACAAUGGUCUGACAACAUAAAGCCUCAUUUUUAUCAUUCAGGUUGACUUCGAAUGAAUCCCAGGCUGUUGUCACUACUCUGGGUCCCUUUGUCUGCUUGUUUUCUCCUUUAGUGUGUGGUUGUUUUCCUCAUGAGUGCAAUGUGGCUGUAGCCCUUCCCAGCCUCAAUCCGUGUCACAGAUAGAAAGAAUAGGGAAGACCAAAGGUACGGAGACACAAAGAGGAAAAUCCUGUAAGCCAACCCAGUCUGUCUCUGUCAUCAGCUUGGCUGAGAGCAUCGCCAGGGAUUUCUGCUUACAACUUAACAGACCAAGGUCAUGUGACCAAUCCAGCUAUAAUGAAGUCUUAGAAGCUGACAAUAGAGCUUUCAGCCUCUGCGAAGGAAUGCCUUUUGAGAGGUAAUCUAAUGUCUGUAGCCAGAGAAGAGAGCAAGAGAAUAAGAGUAGUGCCAUAUAAAAUAGAAAUCUUUCAGUCCAUGGGUCUUCUUAAUAUCUGUACAGAAUUAUUUCAGCUCCUAAAAGUAUUUUUCUGCACUGAAAGUGAACCACCUACUUUGAAUGGGCAGGUAGUAAGAACAGACUGAGGCAGGGAUAGAGAUUUUUGCCUUCAGAAGAAACUGUGAAACAACAAAAUAUUUAACAUUAAUCAGAGUUCUACAUGCUGCAGCUUGAAAAUGUAAGUAGUCAAGUAAGCUAGUUAUCUGGAGACAGGGCUUUGCUAUGGCCUAACUUUUGCUGAAAUGGUUCAUUUACCCCAGUGUAGAGAUGAAACAAAGGCCUCUUUCCAACAUCCCUAGUUAAACAGAACACCUAGAAUUUUCUGAAGUUCUAGGAAUUCUGGAGUCAGCCCUACCAAGCAUACCAUACUUUAGGGGGGAAAAAAGAGAUAAAGAUAAUAGUAUUUGAGACUGGUGAUGGAUCAGACAUUUCUAUGAACACAAAUGAAAUGGUCCGUGUGAAAAUUCCCACAACUGGAAUAGUAAGUAAAACUACAUGCAGCUCCUAGAUAGCAUAUUCAACCAUUAGAGUGAUGAUAUUGUAGGCUUGGUGAACAGGAAGCAGUUAAAAAGAAUUACAAAAAUACAUCCUACUCCUCAGGGGAAUCUGAUCUCAUUCCCCUCACAAGUUUGGGAGAGAGGAUUUUGAUUAUUUAAUUUCCAUUACUAGUAGCUGUUUUAGGCUUAACACUUAAAAAUUGAUAAUGAGGUAUUAAAGGAAGGCAGGUAAGACUGGGGUAAAACAAGAGUAGGUGUGAGUGAAUUUCUAGGAGAAGUUUGCUCAGGGUAAAGAAAGAUCUACAUGAAUAUAUAAUCUGUGAUGUCUGUUUCCCCUGGACACAUUUGUUUCUGGAUAUGAUAUAUAAUAAAGCUGCAUACCUCUUGUUACCAAGAGGGAAACUAGGCUGACAUAAAAUCUUAUCUACCAAAUGUGGUUAAGAGAAAAGAAAGUAAAUUUUUAUGAUGCCAUUAAGCUCCAAAUCUGGUCAAUCAUGAGAGUUCACUAUCACUGAAUUUCCCUUCAUAUAGGACACACUUCUUUACUAUUUAAGCUACCUAAGGUUUUGUUUGUUUUUGUUAUUUGCCUCCAAAGAUACAUAAACUAAUACAACAUGUUUGUGAAAUAUAAAGGAAUAUGAUGAACAAUAAAGACCAAACAGGUAUUAAGUCCGAAUUUAGGAUUAUUUUACAGGUUAAAUUUUUAAUAACCAAAUUCCUUUUCUAAAAUAUUAAUGGGGGAAGGUAUAAACCACGGUUGUCUAGAACACUAUUUAUUUUAUAGUUAAUUUUUUUGAGAUAAUUAUAGACUCACAUGAAAUCAUAACAUAUAAAAUGGAAAUCCCAUAUGCCCUUAACCCAGCUUCUCCUAAUGGUUAACAUCCAGCAAAACUACAGUAUUCUACUCACAACCGUGAUAUUCAUAUUGAUACAAUACAUUAUUAUUAAGAUUUCCUCAGUUUUACCCAUACUCAUUUGUGUUGUGUGUGUAUAGAUUUCAAUUUUAUCUCAUGUGUAGGUUCAUGUAUCCACUACCACAGUCAAGAUACAGAACAGUUUCAUCACGACAAGACUCUCCUGUUGCCUUUUUAAUAUCCACCUGUCUCAGGCACCAUCCCCUUCCCUCCACCACACCCUAAUUGCUGGCAACUGUUAAUUAAUUUUGACUUUUCGAAACAUCCUGUACAUGAAAUCAACCUGUAUGUAACCUUUCGAGAUUGUUUCUUUCUUUCAGAUUUACCCAAGUUGUCGGAUGUGUCAUUGUGUUUUUGUUUGUUUUAAUUGCUGUGUAGUUAUUCUAUAAGACGGAUGUACCAUCUAUAAGAUGGUUUGUUUACCACUUCUCCUCUACCUAUUAAAUGACAUCUGGAUUGUUUCCAGGGUAGACUGUUAUGAUUAAAGCUACAACAUGUAUUUUUGUUUAGGGUUUAGUAUAAUUUUUAUUUCUAUGAGACAAAUGGCAAUAGUACUCCUUUAUUAUUCUUUAAAUGGCCACAAGAUAAGAAUGAAAUCCCCCUUUUCAUUCUUGAUAUUGAUAAUUUGUGUCUUCUCUAUUUUUAUUUUUGUCUGGACUCCUAGAGGUUUGUCAUUUUAUUGACUUUUUAAAAAUAACAAGAUAUUUGUUUUAUUUUCUUUAUUGUUAUUUUUAAAAUUUCAUUGAUUCCUGCUGUAGUGUAUACUUUUUUUCCUUCUGCAUAGAUUUGGUUUUUUGCAUUUUUUUCUUUAGGAUUUUAAGGGAGAGCAUAAAUUACUAAUUUGAAACUUUUCCUCAUUUCUAUUGCAAGCAUUUAAUGCUAUGAACCCAAUACUGCCGUAAAUACAUUACACAUAUUUUAAAAUGUGGUAGUUUUAAUUUAAUUAAUAUACAUACACACAUAUAAUUUGCUUUCAUGCCUUUCUCUUAGACCCAUGGGUUAUUCACAAGCAUAUUAUUUUGAUUUCCUCAUAUUCAGAUAUUUUACUGUAGCCUUUCUGUUACUUCAUGGUCAGAGAAUAUUAUCUGUGUGAUUCCAGUUUUUAAAAAUUUUCUGAAGUUUCUUUUAUGUCCCAGGCUGCAGUCUAUACUGAUGAAUAUUCCAUGGAUACUUGUAAAAACAAAACCUUCAUUCUUCUGUUGAGAGGAAUGCUCUACAUAGGUCAAUUAGAUCCUGUUGGUUGAUUGUGUUGUUCAUAUAUUCUAAAUAUUUGGAGAUUUUUCUGUCUAGUAGUUUUAUCGGUUGCUGAGAGGAGACUGUUGAAGUUUCAAACUAUAAUUGUGAAUUUUACUAUUUCUCCUUUCAGGUCUAUCAGUGUUUGUUUCAUAUAUUGGGGUUUUGUUGUUACAUAUGUACAUAUCUCAAUAGUUAUGUCUUCCUGAUGGGUUCAUCCUUGAAUCUUUAUAUAAUGUUCCCCUUUUUCUCCAGUAAUUUUUUCUUUUACUAUCUUUAAUGUUCCCCUUUUUCUCCAGUAAUUUUUUCUUUUACUAUCUUCUACUUAAUUAAAUAAAGAUGUAACAACUCCUGCGUUUUUAACUAAUAUUUGCAUUCACAUUUUAAGUUUAAAUCUUUCAACCUGUAUUUCAUUGAAUUUGAAUUUGAUGUGUUUCUUAUAAAUGGCACAUAGUUGGGUUAGGUUUUUUAAUUUACUUUUUUUUUUUUUUUACAUGGAUUCUGGCUCUGUCGCCCAGGCUGGAGUGCAGUGGCACAAUCUUGGCUCACUGCAACCUCCACCUCCUGGGUUCACGCCAUUCUCCUGCCUCAGCCUCCCAAGUAGCUGGGACUACAGGAGCCCACCACCAUGCCCGGCUAAUUUUUGUAUUUUUAGUAGAGAUGAAGUUUCACCACGUUGACUAGGUUGAUCUCGAAUUCCUGACCUCUGGUGAUCUUCCUGCUUCGGCCUCCCAAAGUACUGGGAUUACAGGCAUGAGCCACCGCGCCUGGCCCAGCCCCUGUCUUUUGAUUGGUACAUUUAGAGCUCUGAUAUUUAAGGUAAUUAUUGUGAUGUUAGAGCUCUGCCACUUUAGUUACUCUUUUGUUUUCUCUGGUUAUGCUUUGUUAUUUGUAUUUUCUUCCUGUGGGUAUUAUUUUGAGUUUCAUAUAGAUUUACUUAUCAUGUUUUUGAAUGUGUCUUUUUGUAAUUUUUAAAAUAAAAAUCUGAAAGUUCCAAAC